CCUCGUUCUCGACGGACCGUAAGCUUCUCCUUCUCUCCGCCUCUGUCCCCACUGCCCUAAUCUCUCCCAUUAUUCAUUAUUCUUUCUUUAGGGUUUUGCUCGGCGCUGGGUCCUGUCAUCCGCGAAGGGAAAAGAUCGAUUCGUCUGCGAUUCUGUGAGCUCAAGUCCGUCGCAAUGGCAGUGGCGGCGCGGCUAUUCUGUGAGCUCCCCCUCAGACCCCCCCCACCACCACCAUCGCCUCCUCCUCCUCCUACCGGAGGUGCUCCCUUGCUCCACAAAAGAUCGUCCACCAGUUGCCUUCUUUCUCGUAGACCUUCGCGUUUAGGCGCUUGUCAUGCGGCCUCGGGAGACCACCUUUUUCCCCUCUGCGAGGAACCGGAGAGCCAGGAGCUCUCGUGGGAGUCCUACGACCGUUUGAUCCAGGCCCAUUGCUCGAGGGGCCGCCUCGACCGGUCCCUGGACCUGCUGGCCCGGAUGGAGGCUUCCGGGUUGCGCCCCAGCGCCGCAUCCUACGCCCGUCUCGUCCGCGCACUCGGGAGCGUCGGCCGGACUCUGGAGGCCGACGCCGUCUUCCGGGAGAUGAAGUGGGCGGGUCUCCGGCCGGGCCUCAGGGACUUCAACGCCCUCCUGCGGGCGUUCCUGAGUAAGGGGCAGCUGCGCCUCGCCGACUGCUUGCUGGUGGAGAUGGGCGAGGAGGGCGUCCGCCGGAACAGAGAGACCUAUCUGCUCCUUCUCGACUCCUACGUCCGCGCCGGGCGCCUCGAGGACACCUGGUGGGUGCUGGGAGAGAUGAAGCGGAGGGGGAUCUGGCUCGACUCCCGCGCGUACAGCCAGGUCCUCAGGCUCUACAGGGACAACGGGAUGUGGAAGAAAGCGAUGGGCCUCGUGGCGGAGAUGCGGGAACUCGGGGUCGCGCCCGACGGUAGGAUCUACAACGAGAUCAUCGAGACGUUCGGGAAGCACGGUCAACUGGAUGAGGCGGUGGAGGCCUUCGAGACUAUGCAGGGCGAGGGUCUGAAGCCGGAUAUCGUCACCUGGAACGCUCUCAUCCGGUGGCAUUGCAAGGCCGGCCAUCUCGACCAGGCUCUCGGGUUCUUCGCCAAGAUGCAGGAAGACGGGUUGUACCCUGACCCCAAGAUCUUCACCAUCAUCAUCAGUCGCCUGGGGGAGCAGGGAAGGUGGGAUGAGAUCAGGAACAUCUUCGAGAGCAUGAAAUGCAGGGGUUUUCGGAACAGUGGGAUCAUAUAUGCGGUAUUGGUGGAUAUAUAUGGUCAGUACGGCAUGUUUCAGGAUGCCGAGGAGUGUGUGGCUGCUCUUAAAGCACAAGGUCUGCAGCUCUCGGCUAGUGUGUUCUGUGUACUCGCAAAUGCUUAUGCUCAACUGGGGUUGUGGGAACAAACCAUAAAAGUACUAAGAAUGAUGGAAGCAGAAGGGAUUGAGCCAAAUCUUAUAAUGCUGAACUUGUUGAUCAAUGCAUUUGGUAUUGCUGGAAGGCAUUUGGAGGCACUGGCAGUUUUUGAACAUAUCAAGGAGAGUGGUAUUAGUCCGGAUGUGGUUACUUACAGUACUCUGAUGAAGGCAUUCAUGAGAGCAAAAAAAUAUGAUCAGGUCCCAGUAAUCUAUAAGGAAAUGGAAUGUGCUGGGUGCACACCAGACAGAAAAGCUAGGGAGAUACUGCAAAAUGCUAUAAUUAUACAUGAACAGAGAGGUGGUGGUCUGUUCCUCAAGGAUGGUUAGAUGUUGCCUCAAAUCAAAAUGCUCUCAUCUAAAUAAGGAUGUAUGCGCAGCAUUUUUCAGAUCUAAAUAGUUUCCAAGCAUAAUAGAGAUCUGUGAGCUUGUGUUAACAAAUUUCUGCAUUGGGACAAAGAUUUCCAAAUAUUGCCGGUGUUUGUUAUUGCAAUUUACCAAAAUGUCCUCAAAUCAGUUGGAUCAAUGACAGUGAUUGGGAAUGACGACCCGAGCAAUUUAAAGCAGCAGCACACUGCAUGAUAGCCUUGCAUCAUGGUGUAUCCAUACUUAUGAAAUUGAGGAGGAGAAUGUGUUGACUUUCUGAUCAGCUCACUGUAGGCGAAAUUUUGUGUGGCUGCUACUGUGCUAUUUCCUUCAGGAGAGCGGCUUUUGCACUUUGGCCUAGUUAUGCUCCCAAUGCUGCCUAUCAGAUGGCCACUUGCAUCCGAGAAUCUGUUUAGGAACUACUACUGUAGACCUUGUGGCCCCCUGAUUUAUUCCUUGAGAUCGAUUUCUGCAUGCUCCAGCUGAUAUACUCCAACGCUGGUGAUUUUUUUAUUAUAUAAUUCACAACCUUUCCAUUGUGUUCAAGCUCUGUGUCUUUUUUUUCCUUUUUUGAAGUGGGGAAGCUCUCUGAUUUGAUUCUUGUUAUUGCCUGGCAACUGUAGAACACACUACCCAAUUUCUCAAAAUGAACUUGAGGUUUCAAACUGACCACACAACCUUGGAAACUCAUCAGAAAUAUUUGGAAGCCGCUGACGAAACACAAGGGAACAGGAUUUUUGUAUGACAUAUCUAUUAGUUAAAUGAAGUUAUAUAGAUUUACCAUGACUUGUGAAUUUUUUCUAAUUUGUUUUACUUUUUAGGAUGCACGCUAAGCCAGCAUCCUGAUUUUGUUAGUUGUCUCAGCUGCCUGCAGUAAUUUUCUUAGUUUGGAAGCUACUCUCAAAUGGCAUCUUCAUGGUUGAAAGCCUGCUUGUUAUUGCUAAAAUGGGGACAACUGUUAUUUUCUGGUUUCCCUUUGAUCAGUUUCUCUCUGAUUUAUUCCCCGCUCCACAACCCGCCCCUCCCCCCCCCCCUAGAGAUGAUUAACAACCAUGCAUUACAUUAGGAAAAUGAAAGGAGUAUAUUGAACGCCCGUAAAGGUAGAAAUUAGUCUCUUGUAUCUGGCAGGUUGACAUGUUGUUGCAGAGAAAAGGGUGGAGAUUGGAAGGACUGCUGAUGGAUUUGCGCAUGCGGAAGCUGGCCUUCUUUUCCCUUCCUCGGAGAUAUCAGAUUAGGUCUCCUACCGAGUUCGGCAGGCCUUCAUCAUUCAAGCUGCCUUCCUGGUAAAUUCAACGACAAUUUGAAGGAUUGAUAUGAGGUUGAGAGCUAGCUCUAAAACGCUCAUGAGCUUUGACGGAUCUUGCAAUGAUCCAUAAAGACAGGACUCUUGGUGGAGGGUAAGAUUAAAUUUUAAGAUUACGAAAAAACUGGCAUCUUUUCACAAAGUUUAUCUUGCAUUUGAUUGCAAAAAGAAGGCGGAUGGUUCACGCAAGAGGCAGAAUCAACAAAAAUUGUUCAACUGGUAAUGUCAUCAGCUUCCUUUUUCUGGUCAAAAUACUAAUCAAUUCACAAGAAAACUUAGAUGCCUUUACCAAAUUAUGCAUUUUAUUAGAUUUGGAUUUCGUAAGUCAUGUGAUCUCCCACAGUAUAAUUGAAAUGUCACUGGGUACUGGGCAUCUUCACACUUGGUUAUUUAAGGACCUUUUCUUCGUGGGCGUUCUCUCUCCUUCCGAACCCCCUUUUCUCUCUCUGUCGCCGGCCACAGCCCGCCCCUCCCUCUCCCAAAACGAGAUCCUCCAUGGAGGAAGGGGAAAACCCCGUCGCCGACUGGCCACGACCAAUGCGGAAAGGAGAUCCACCGCGUCGCCGCCGACCGCGCCCCGAUCCGGCGAAGAGCUGUCUUCCCCGAGCACGGCUUGCCUUCCGAGCGGAGAAGA